AUGUUGCCCUUUAUGAAACUCGUCGUAAUUUUGCUAUGUUUGAGAUUUUCUGCGGAAGAGUUGGUAAAGCGGAAUUUAAUGACAAGCAUUUAUAUUGUCUCAAAUAGUGAAAAGCAGACACAAUAUUUGCCUUAUCAGUACUACUUAGAGUAUUACUACACAACUUCUGCUCCCCACUCAAAUCAGCAGUGCGUGGGGCCGUGCGUGAAUAGUCAGUGUCCAGCAGGAUACGUAUGCAAUGCAUAUAAUGUGUGUUGCGCUCCGAUGCUUCGAAACUAA